GUGAGGGGACAGGACUGUGAAUUCAGAUACUGUUUUUCUCCCGAAAUGGGUAUUUGGCUCCUAUUUUUUUCCUUCUCCACAGCAUCUUAAUUUAAAAUAUGGCACUUGACCUACGGACCUGCAGGGAGUGGUUAAGAGGAUGAGAGGCCAGUCAAACUCUUUUUGGUGUUUAGGCGCCCCUACUCGGGGCGGUGUGUUGGGAGGGCCCAGGUCAAGGCGCGCGUGGGCGGAAGCGGCGGCGGCGGCGGCGAAGGCGGCGGCUGUCAGAGCUGGAGGGCCGGGCACCGCGGCCAUGGAGGGUCAACGCUGGCUGCCGCUGGAGGCCAAUCCCGAGGUCACCAACCAGUUUCUCAAACAAUUAGGUCUGCAUCCUAACUGGCAAUUCGUCGAUGUAUAUGGAAUGGAUCCUGAACUCCUUAGCAUGGUACCAAGACCAGUCUGCGCAGUAUUACUUCUCUUUCCUAUUACAGAAAAGUAUGAAGUAUUCAGAACAGAAGAGGAAGAAAAAAUAAAAUCUCAGGGACAAGCUGUUACAUCAUCAGUAUAUUUCAUGAAGCAAACGAUCAGCAAUGCCUGUGGAACAAUUGGACUGAUUCAUGCUAUUGCAAACAAUAAAGACAAGAUGCACUUUGAAUCUGGAUCAACCUUGAAAAAAUUCCUGGAGGAAUCUGUAUCAAUGAGCCCUGAAGAACGAGCCAGAUACCUGGAGAACUAUGAUGCCAUCCGAGUUACUCAUGAGACCAGUGCCCAUGAAGGUCAGACUGAGUCCUCCUCGCCAUCCUCAUCACAGCCUCAUUCUAGCCACUGCAGAACGAAGGCCUCAUCAUUGUGUCACCAUGCAUCCCUGCCCUGGGUCAAACGUUACCAUGUAAGCCCUGCAAAGGCUACCAGUCCAUCUCUCCGUCUUCGUCGAUGGCGACCCUUCUUACGCGUACCAUCUUUGGGUCUCCAUUCUGUUGUAAGUUUAGUCAAUCUUCCAUCUCUUCUCCAGUGACAAGGGCUAUCCCUUUUUUUUUUUUUUUCUUAACUUCAGUCUUCAGAGUGCUUUUCUCUUGGUUCACUCAACCAUUAGCUUUUUUCUCCCCCAAUAAGAUUGCAAGCAUACCUUUAUGCUUUGCAGUCUAGCUUGACUUUUGCCAGUGCCUGCAACAUCCAUCUUUCCACUCCAUAUCCUGCCAACAUAAUGGCGCCUGCCUUUUGAUGAGUACUGAUCCAUGUUCGUGAUAAUGUUGAAGUCUGGUUAAUUGUUAAAGUGAAUAUGGGUUCUCUUACCCUUCAGCUUUCUGAAUUCAUUUAGUUAACUCAGGUCAACAAAUGCUGUGUACCUUCUGAGUUCUUUGCCAUCUAUUACUUUUUUUUUUUUUUUUAUGUUUCUGAGCAUGACUUUAGUCUCUUGCCAUGCUCUGGGAUUACUUUGCUUACUCUAUUCUCAACCUAAAUCCUUCAUGGUGUAGGGUGUUUCAUCUAAGCUAUUAUUUUAUUCCCUGAGGUGGCUCAGGUACUUGGUUUAAUCUUGAUCUGAUCUUUCCUGCCUAUUCAAUUUCUAAAGAUCUUUUCCAAGUAGGAAAUGAAGAUUUCCUCCUUGUGUAUUGAUGUAAGCUUCCCACAAAUUUAUGAUUUCUCUUUUAUAGGCUAAUGAUAUCCGCAAACUAUUAAAAAUACGUUUUUCUUAUAAUCUUACUAAUUAUCUUAAGUGUUGAGACCGAUGAUGGAAUUCUAGCUAUGAUACACUACAGAAUUAAGCAACUAUAGCUCUUGUCUUUCUGAUGUUUUGGGCUACUAAAGGCAAUGACUGUGGUUUAGCAGAGCCUCCCUAGAAAUGCAGUAUCUUAAAACUUUGGUGUGUGCCAUACAUUUAUAAGAAAUUUGACAUUUCUAUAAGUCGUGAUGGCUUUUGAAGCCAGAGGAGGAAGUCUGACUACACAUACAUUUAAUGCUUAAGAACAAUUAAAAGAACAAUUAAAAGUCAACGUCAAGCAUUCUUUCCUUCCCCUUAUUUACCCUUCUAGUGCUGUACUCAAACUGUGAAGUGGUAUCUUUCCUUAAAUAUUUGCUUCCACCAAAUAUCAGUAUGAUCAUCAAAUACUUCUCCAUUUGUACUGAGUAUCAACAAACUGGCAUCUCUCUCUUUCUGUUUCACUAUCCUCAUUGGGUCAUGACAUUCUUCAUUUUUAUUCAUUCAUCCGUUUGAUAUUUGUUGCUUCUCUACUGUGCCAUAUGCCAUUUGGCACAGUGAGAGAUACAAGGUGAAUUAGAUGACCAGGGUAGAAUCUUAAAGGUGUAAAUUCUGUCACGAGCACAAUUGAUCCAAUUCUAAUGUGAAUUAUUUCUUUUCUACUUAAAAAUGUUCCACAUAUAAAUGAACAUAUAAAAUUUGGCAUUUCCUGUUUUAUAUGCUUUUAUAUAAUGUUGAUCUUGGCUCCAUAUUAAUUCCAUUGCCUUAUAGCUUUGAAUAUUUUAUAGCAUAGUAGUAAAUAACAUGGAUUCUAGAAGCACACUGCCUGGGUUUGAAUCCAGAUUCUACCACUUACUAGCUAUAUGACCUAGAGCAUGUUACUUAAUGCUUCUGUGCCUCAGUUUUCCUGAGAGUAAGAUGGGCAUAAUCAUAUUAUGUACCUUAUUGGGUUUAUACAGGUUGAGUAUGUCUUAUCCAAAAUGCUUGGGAUGAGAAGUGUUUUGGAUUUUGGUUGGAUUAUUUAUAUUAGACUUACCUGGUUGAGUAUCUCAAGCCAGAAUAUUUGAAAUCCACAAUGCUGCAGUUAGCAUUUUCUUUGAACAUCUUGUUG